AUGGCACAACCUCAGCAGCAAUUGUCCAACAAGGACAAUGCCCUGUUCCGACAGGUUGUCCGUAAUUUUGAAAACAAGCAGUAUAAAAAGGGUCUCAAGGCAGCCGAACAGAUCCUCAAGAAAAGCCCCAACCAUGCCGACACGCAAGCCAUGAAAGCCCUGAUCAUCGGAUCACAAGGGCACAAGGAGGAAGCGUUCGCAUUGGCUAAAACUGCGCUCGGCAACAAUAUGAAGUCCCAUGUCUGUUGGCACGUGUACGGGAUUUUGUAUCGUCAAGAGAAGAAUUAUGAGGAGGCUGUCAAGGCAUACAAGUUUGCGUUGAGGAUGGAGCCCGAGUCGGCUCCCAUUCAACGAGAUCUGGCACAUCUCCAGAUCCAGAUGCGCGAUUAUGAAGGCUACAUUCAAAGUCGGAGGAAUAUGCUCCAGCAGAAACCGGGCUUCCGACAAAAUUGGACUGCUCUGGCUAUCGCGCAUCACCUGGCAGGAAACUACGAGGACGCCGAGAACGUCCUCACCACUUACGAAGAAACCCUCAAGACGAAACCGAAGAGGGCCGAUCUGGAGCACUGGGAGGCUGUACUUUACAAGAAUUACAUCAUUGCCGAGUCAGGGGAUCUGGAAAAGGCGCUGGAGCAUUUGGAGGCCGUCGGGAAAAAGAGUCCAGAUGUCCAGGCAGUGAUGGAGAUGAAGGCAGACUAUCUGGCGAGGCUGGGACGAAAACCCGACGCAGAAGCAGCGUAUGCUGCUUUGUUGGAUCGAAAUGCGGAUGAUUCAGCUUACUAUGAUGGCUGGGUCGAAGCCAAAGGAUUGAAAGUUGCAUCCGUUGCCGACAUCAAGAAAGCGUAUGAGGAGCUGGCUGCCAAAUACCCUAAAGCAGAUUCCCCGAGACGAAGGCCGUUGGAUGUACUAUCAGGAGACGAGUUCAAACAGGCUGCGGACGCAUAUCUCCAAAAAAUGCUUCGACGGGGCAUACCCUCGACAUUUGCGAAUAUCAAGCACUUAUACACGGAUGGGUCAAAACGAGAUAUUGUGCAAGAUCUGGUAGAAGGCUAUGCAGCUGGAAAGGUGGAAAAGCAAACGAACGGUACAACGGAGAAUGGUGAUAGCAAGGAUCAAUCGCGGUUCGAGUCGUCGGUCCUCUAUUUCCUGGCGCAACAUUACAACUACAAGCUGAGUCGAGAUCUUGAUAAAGCCCUCCACUAUGCCGACAAGUGCAUAGAAUUGGAUCCGAGAUCUGUCGAUUUUCACGCCGUACAGGCAAGGUCGUACAAGCACAAGGGUGAUGUGGUCAAAGCGGCUGAGAUCAUGGAACAGGCACGUGCCCUGGACGAGAAGGAUAGGGCUAUCAACACAAAAUGUGCCAAAUACCAAUUACGAGCCGACCAAAACGACCAAGCGCUCGAGACUGCGGGUAAAUUCACGCAGAACAAGACUGGUGGCCCUUUGAGUGAUCUUAUCGACAUGCAGUGUGUCUGGUAUCUCACUGAAGAUGGAAAGUCAUAUCUCCGUCAACGAAAGAUCGGCCUCGCCCUGAAGCGCUUCCACCAGAUCCUGGCAAUUUUUGACAUCUGGCAAGAAGACCAAUUCGACUUCCACAACUUCUCGCUUCGAAAGGGUAUGAUCCGAGCUUACGUCGACAUGUUGCGGUGGGAGGACCGGCUCCGUGAGAACCCUUUCUUUUCCAACAUGGCCAUCUCCGCAAUACAAGCCUAUAUUUUGCUCGCUGACAACCCUGACCUGGUCCACGGUCCGAUCAUGGACAACCUCAACGGCACGGGCAAGGACGGGGAAGUUAGCGCCGCAGACCGUAAGAAGGCACUGAAAAAGGCCAAACGUGAGCAAGAGAAGAUGGAGAAAGCAGAGGCAGACAAGAAGGCCGCACUUAAGGCGGCCAAGUCGAAUCCGAAGAGCGAAGAUGCCGACACCAAGAAGGAAGACCCGGACCCGUUCGGCAAGACGCUGGUCGAGACCAAAGACCCGCUCAACGAUGCGAUGAAGUUCCUGACGCCACUGUUGGAAUCGUCGCCGGAGCUUGUCGAGGCGCAGUGCAUGGGCUUCGAGCUCUACAUCCGACGGAAAAAGUAUCUCCUCGCUACCAAGUGUUUAUUGGCCAUCAAUGCGCUGGACGCGGGUCAUGCGCAAUUACCCGAGUACAAGGCCCAGUUGAAGCAGGUGCUUGCGGACAAGCCUGCCGAGUUGUCGGACAAGGCCCUGGAUAUCAUCAAGAGCGAGGCACGAGAGCUGCUCAAAUAA